AUGGACAACGAAAAGGACAUAAGGGGCAGUCAGUCAAUAAACACCAAUAGCACAGAGGAUAUUUUUCAACCUGAUUUGCUGCACCAUCAUACCUAUGCAGUUGAUUCUCAAGUGGCAAGUAAUACACAUUUAGACCUAAACCACUUAUUGUCAUUUAGUAAUGCUUCUUCUGAACACUCUAAAACACAAGAAGAAGAAUGUGCUUUUCUUACAAAUAAUCUACAAAGUGUUCAUUUGACACGUGAUAAUCCAUUAUCCAUUAAUCUGCCAUCACGGCGACGACGAUUAAUACCUGUCAAUAAUAAAGCUAACGAUUAUGACUAUGAGUCAAGUUCUGGUAGUGAAUUCAGUGAUGAUCCUGACAGGUUCUUAAAUGUUGACCUCGACUCAAAACCUAUACCUGAGUUAACAGCUGAAGAAGAACUGAAAGAUGAACGUAAUUGGAGGUCUUGUACGGUUACUGGAGUUGUUAGUAAGAUUGAUAUGAAAGUAAUAGAGCCUUAUAAAUGUGUACUAUCACAUGGUGGUUAUAUGACUACUGGUUCUCACAAUGCUAUUAUUGUAUUUAGUGCAUGCUAUUUACCGCAUCGUAAUCGUGUAGACUACAAUUAUGUUAUGAAUAAUCUAUUUGCAUAUGUUAUUUCAACUUUAGACCAAUUGGUCACAGAAGACUAUGUUCUGGUCUACUUACAAGGAGGUACUUCUAAGGACUGUGUUCCCGGUUUCUCUUGGUUGAAACGUUGUUAUAAGAUGAUCGAUAGAAAAUUAAGAAAAAAUUUAAAAUUUUUGUAUUUAGUUCAUCCAACAUUUUGGUUGAAAACUCUUGUACUAAUGAUCAAACCAUUUGUAAGCUCGAAAUUUGGCAACAAGAUACAUUUUAUAAACAGCUUAGAUGAACUUUAUGAUUGUGUGCCAGUUGAAAGAGCCAGUAUACCAGACAGGGUGAAGCAAUUUGAUUGUACGAGAUAA